AUGGCGGUAUUAUCCCAUCUUCUUAGAGACAGAACAACCAUUUCCUACACAAUCUGCACCUUCUCAUCAUCCUAUUCCACAUCACCACCCUCUUCCUCACCGGAAAAUGACGUCAUUAAAACCCCUCCCGAUGGAAGAAACGUGCAGUGGGUGUUUCUCAGCUGUCCUAGCGUCGGAAAAGGUACCUACGCUAGCCGCCUGUCGAAACUGCUCGGCGUUCCUCAUAUCGCCACCGGUGAUCUCGUUCGUGACGAGCUUAAUUCAAAAGCUCCCCUAUCGGAACAGGGUUCAGAUGCACGUGUUAGAUCUGAAAUCAAUUUAAUGAAAGUGAUUUAUGGUUGUGGUGAGGUGGUGGUGGUGGUGGUGGCGAGGUGGUGCAUCGGUGGUGAAGAUGAAGGAGGGUAA